AUGGAAGAAACGCACAAAUUUAUAAUUUUUUUCUCUUAUAUAGGAACGGAAUUUAACGGGUCUGCUUAUCAAAAAGAUAAUACAGACACGGUGGAAAAUAAACUAAUGGAGCGUUUACAUAACUUAAAUUUAAUUUCUGAUGAUAACGACUCUUUUUCAAGAGUUUCAAGAACAGACAAAGGAGUUUCUGCUCGCAUAAACGCACUAACCAUAAGAUUAAAAAUAAGACAUCCAAAUAUGUCUUUAUUAGAUAUUCAAAAAAUUUAUGUUAAAGAGUUAAAUAAAAAACUAAAAUAUAUGCAAAUCAUUGACAUACAAAAUGUUCCCAAUAUGUUUGAUGCUCGCUUAAACUGUGUGCACAGAACUUAUGUGUACUUUUUUAUCAACAAGAAUUACAACUUUGAACGAAUGAAUGAAGCAGCCAAGUUAUUUCUAGGAGAGCACAAUUUUGCAAAUUUCUGUAAAAGGAGAAAAAGCAAUACAUACUUUAAGAGGAGAAUUCUCAAAAUUGAGAUCAAGAAUAUUGAUAAAAAUUUUCAUUAUUUUAAAAUAAAAGGAACCUCCUUUUUGUAUAACCAGAUUAGGCACAUUGUUGCUACGCUCUUCCUAGUUGGUAAAGGGAAAGUGAACAAGAGCGAUAUAAUUAAUAGGUUGAAUAACAAUUCUGUUAAAAAUAUAAAUUACAAAAUAGCGGAUGAAAAUGGACUACUAUUGUACUCCUUUAAAUUCAAUGACCUUAAUUUUAAUAUCAAUGUAAAUAACCGUAUAUUUUCGAAUGUUAUGAAUAAAUACAUUCAGAAUGCUAUACUGUUGGUUUCCCUUUGUUAUCCUUUGAAAAUCAGUGAAACGAAUGAAAACUUUUUUCAAAACAUAAAUGAUGAGGAUGAAAUUCCCUCUUAG